CCGAGACCAUCGAGAAAUUUCAGUAUUUGAGAUUCUGAUUGGUUUCUGCCUGCGCGUGUUCAGGAUGGUUGAGAGGUCGGACCUGGUGGCUCUCAAGUUCCUCAUGUCCAAGCAGCCGCGCGGCAGAGUCCGCGUCUCCGAAGGCAACACCGUGGGAGCUCGCGCGCCAAACAUCUUCAACGAGGUCGCCAAGUUCCAGAAAAGAUUCGAGGAGAUGAAGCACACAUCCGCAACAAGAGAAUCCCAGGAGACAGAGACAGUCAAGCAAUCAAGGACUUCAGCCGUGCACACCAUCAGAUCCAUGUCAAACUGGUGGUACUGGCGUCCAUUCGGGUCAUCGGCGCCAGCCACCAUCAUCCUCGCUUCACGCCUCCUACCGCCGCCGCCGGCAGCAUCAUCUUCUAAAGCAGCUGACCCCGUGGCGGACAGACUCCAAGAAGCUGUCACCGCCCAGCGUAAAACGGAAGGCGCGGCGACCGCAGCCGCUGCGCACGCCCACCGCGACGACUACUGGACCCCGCAGCUGAACCUGCCAUCAUCUGCCUCUCCACCGAGCAUUCACCAGAGGGGAAGGGACGCUCCGCAAGGGCACAGCCGGCGCAGGCGCGACGCUGCCAAGCUCGCCUCCGCGGCGCGCGCGCAGAGGCAGGUCGGCAGGGAGCUCGAGCAGCUCGCCGCCGCAGGAGCUGGAGCAGCCGCAGAGGGCAGGGCGCGGGUGCGGCCGGCGCAGAGGGAGGGCGGCGGCGUAGCGCGAGCGCGAGCAGGGGAGGACGGGGGAGAGUUUACUUCUUUCGCUGACAGCUGGGUCCUACCAGUUAGAUUGAUUUAG